CUGCACCUUCACUCACUCAAAGCCUUCAAACUCAAAGCAAAACAGUUUUUCUGCGAUUAACAACUUCUCAUUCACCCUUCAAAUUCGAAAAAUGGAAGCACAAAAUGUAUCCGAAUUCGAUCUGGCUUGGCUCGACGACAUUCAAAACUUUCUCCUCAACGAUUCCGAUUUCAAUUUCAAUUUCGAUUUCAAUUUCGAUUUCGAUUUCGGUUCCAAUUCCUCACCUGCAGAUUCUCCGAUCAAUACUACGCCGAUCAACGACGACAGCGAUCAAUCAUCGCAGAUGAUUGAGGAGUUGCUGGCCAGCGACGACAGCGAUCAAUCGUCGCAAAUGAUUGAGGAGUUGCUAAUCAGCGAAGACAGCGAUCAAUCGUCGCAGAUGAUUGAGGAAUUGGUGGUCAGCGACGAGAGCGAUUCCGCGGUAUCGGAGGCGCCGAGGAGACUCGGAGCGGCGGCGGAGUGGAAGCGGUACAGAGGCGGAGGCGGCGGCCGUGGGGGAAGUUCGCGGCGGAGAUGA